AUGGCGGAGACCGAGGCCCCGGCGGCGCCCGUGAAUUACCUCGACGUCAAGCUACACGACGUCCACAGCCUGCCGCCUGCAUGGUGGUCGGAUGGGCGACCGCCCGCCUUUGCGGAGCACCCGUUCCGCUACGAGGUCAGCUUCAGCAUCGACGGCGAGAACACGUACACGUUCAAGCACGGCCGUCUGCUGCAGGAAUUACCGCAAUACGAGUCCUACAUCGCGGGGGCCACGCCGCCGCCGCUCCCGUCGGAGGUGAACGAGAUGCUGCGGCACAUUCGCGAGGUCCCGGAUUCUCCGAAUUUGCCCAGCGCCGCCACCUCCAAGGCGACGGCGGCGAGCUUCCCAAGGACAGAGGGCGGGGGGGAGGCCCCGGUGGAAGCGAAACUGCUGUGGAUCACGACGCCCGCCGCCGAAGCCGCCUCCGUGAGCUCCGAGGAGCAGGGAACGAAGCGGCGGCGGCGGACGGUGUCACCGCCGGCGGCGGAGGAGGUGCCGCCCCCCGCCGUGCCCGCCGACGAGGAAAUUCCACCCUGCGUCAUUCGCGUGCCGCUUGAGGAGCAGCACGUUGCCGCGUUAGAGUCCCUGGUGCUGAGCGGCAAGCCGCUGGAGCUGCGGUUUGCGCGGGUGCUGAAGGGCGGGGUGCCAACUGACUGGGAGGACACGCAGCAGUGGUACUUUCGCGCCGUCAUUCCCGUCGAUCUCGCUCCCUUCGCGGAGCCUGGCUCGCUGCAGCUGAUAGAGGCGGUGCCACUGCUACCGCUAAAGGAACCCGCCCAGGCAGAGGAGAAGGGACGGAAGAAGAGCUCGAAACGGCCCAAGUCCGCUGCACCGUCGCUUUUGUUUGAGGAACCCGACAUGGAGGCGCAGCACCCGUACGUCACGUACAACACCUCCGCGUUGGUGUCACUGCGGCUUGAAAAGACGCUCACGCGACUGGCGAGUGAUCGCGUGCGGCCGCUGCUAAAGCCGAGCAAUCUUGUCCCCAAGCGAGCUCCGCCCAGCAAGCCGUACCAAGACAGCACGUGGCAGUUCACAGAGGUGGUGGAGGCCAUUGCCGAAAAGAUCAUGCAAGACUACAGGGCCGCAGUGGCGAAGGGCGAGGGGACCACGAAGGAAGAACUGUUUGAGUCCUUUCAAACCUCAGGGCAACUGGCGGCGUACAAGGAGCAACUCACGCCGCUGGUUAUGAAGGUGGUACGGGAGAAGUUUUUGUGCAGCCCAGACGCCUCAGAGGAAGUCAUGAGUGAGUUGACAAACGAAUUAUACGUGUACCUGAUGGAUUGCGUGCACACCACGUUAAACAAGACGACAGUGACUUUGGGACGGAGCGUCAUUAGCGACGCUGGUCGAGUAGCAGCAGAAGCAGGAGCAGAAGCAGAAGCAGCAGUAGGCGCGCCGCAUCCCGUGGAGGAAGACCUUUCUGGAGUCACGGAGCGUACGUGGCUGGAACGCGCGGAGGAGGCGGAGACACUGCGGGAAUAUGGGCAGGCGGCAAAGUGCCAUCAGGCCCGCAUCGCGAGUUGUAGUUCGUCGGCCAAUUUUGCCGCCGUAUGGACUGAUGCGGCUAAUUUUUUUGUUCGCACUGUUGAGGCCACGCAUGCGGAAGAGUGCUACCGCGAGGCGAUUGCCCAUGACCCAACCUACGUGGCCGCGCUCCUCGGCUACGGGGACCUUCUGCUUGCGCACAGCCGGUUUGAGGAGGCCGCCGUCUACCUGCACGCCGCCGCGGACGUCGCGGCUGACGCGCUUUGCUGGGGCCAUAUCUCGCUACUCUGCGAUUUGCAUGUGCUGGCGCUAGAGCAGGGCCCACAGUACGAGGCGAAGCGGGCCUACUGGGAGCGCGAGGGCGCGCUGGCGAUGAAGGAGGCCAUGGGGGCCACUGUGGAGGUGGACUACAACGAGGUGAGCCUUGCCGUCUCCGACUACCUUCUGCGGCUGCACCACCCGGAACUCGCAAACGUCUGCCUCUCGCGGUGUCGCUCUGGGCCCAAGACAGAGGUGCUGUACGCCCGUCUGUUUAUGUUGUGCGAGCAGUACGAGGAGGCCCUCACCACGCUGAGCAAUGCGGAGGGCCUGGAGUCGUGUGCGGAUGCGGUGGGCCUCCUUCGCGGGGAAUGCCACGCGUCGCUGGGCCACAAUGACGAGGCCGUGCGUGAGUACAAGCAGGUGCUUUGCCGCGAAGACGUGGUCCCAGACCGCCGUUUUGGUCCCAGCUACAUCCAUCUGGGUAACCUCCUCAUUGCGGCGGGGCGCUACGCCGACGCACUCGGCGUGUUCACGCUGGGCAUUCAGGCGUGGCCCUGCAGUCUAAUGUGGCUUGGCGCCGGCAUCGCCUACUACCGCAUGCGACGGCUGGACGCCGCCGAGGAAUGCCUCAGUGAGUCCAACACGCUCAACAACAUCAACCCACGGACGUGGGCCUACCUUGCGCUGGUCUGCCUGCACAAGGACCGCGUGGAGCUGGAAAUGGUGCUGCAGCAGGCGAUUAUGCAGGGACUCUCCGACGCGGCGCUGCUCACUGAGCUUGGCCGAGACCUCGUGCGGGCCUCCUACGUGAAGCUUGGCGAGGGGUGCCUGCGGAAGGCAAUUGCCAUAGAGAAGGACGCCGGCCGUGCCAACUCCGCGAAGAGUUGCACCGCUAUGUAUUACCUGGCCGGCGCAAUCGAGGGCGCCCGGCAGCAGCAGGCGAAGGAUAUGUACGCGGAAGUCGUGCGGCACAGCCAGAACGAAUUCCUGCGGGCGAGGGCGGAGGAGCAGAUGCAGCUCCUCUCAAAAUGA